AGGGAGAAGUGCAGAGCACUGUGUGAGGGGUCCGGCUUCUGUGUCUGGGAUGAGGAAUGUCUUGGAGACGAGCUCCCACAUCCGUGGUGGCCCUCUGAGAGGCAUGGGGAUCAAGGAGAUGCAGAUGCUGCUGGAGAUGGAUGAGACUUAGAAGUCUGACUUUGACCUUGGGAAAGAUGCUAGUAUCCAAGGAAGGAGAGACACCAGUGGUCAAGAGCAUCCACUCUGGACUUCUGCAGGGACCUUCCUGUCUCAUAGCUUCUCCUGGGGGUAGGGACCAGCCCUUUGGAACCCCAAAGCCAUAUAGACCAAUGGCUGCUGGAGCAUCUACCUUGCUUAGCCUAUCAGGUCCUGCUGAUCACAUGGCUGAGAGCAAAGGAGCUUCUCUGAGCCCUUCAGUUGGAAAGAGAUGGAGGCUCAUGGAACCCAAGCAGAUCCAGACAGGGCUGCUCAAGAAAACAAAUCCCCUGGACUCUGAAGCUGCUGAACGUAAGACUGGCCAAAAUGCAGCCUACAGCCAACUGAGCUUGCCAACAGCACUGAACAAGCCUCGACCAGAGAGGCCUGCAGCCUGCAAGGCAUGCACAGAGCAGAGGCAGAACACCUUCACAGAGCUGUCAUGCCUCCAGCAGAGGCCAGGAGACAUUCAGGCUCAAAAGAGGAAGCCAGAGGACCCAGAAGACCAGCUCAGCACUCAGCAGCCACCCUUGGGUCUCCCCAGGGCCCCAGCUGAUGGCACAGUGUGCUCAGGAUGGCCAGGUGCAGUCAGGAGUGAGCAGAAAAGUGCUUUCAGCAAGCCAGCCAAGCGCCCAGCAGAGAAACCUAGGCGCUCCUCGGUGCUUCUGGCUGGUGGAAGUGCAGAGGGCCCCUGGGAACUCUCAGGACUCAUCACCGCUGUGGACAUCCCAUGCUGGGCUCAGCUGUCGACUUUCAAGCUCAUGGGUGACUUCUGGAAAUUACACACGUUGUCACAGAACCUUCUACUCUGCAGUGCUUUCCAGGGGGCUCCCGCGCCAUGGCUGGAGCACACCCAGGUACUCACAUCCUCAGCACCUCCUGCCUCAGCCUCUCGGGCUCUUCUGCCACCCACACUCUCCUCUCUGGGCUUGUCUACUCAGAACUGGUGUGCAAAGUGCAACCUAGCCUUUCGUCUGACGGCUGACCUAGUCUUCCAUAUGCGGUCCCAUCACAAAAGGGAGCAUGUGGGCCUCGAUCCACAUUCCAAGAAACGAAGAGAGGAAGUUCUCACUUGCCCUGUGUGCCACGAGUACUUCCGGGAGCGCCAUCAUCUUUCCAGGCAUAUGACUUCACAUAGUUAGCAGGUGGCUAUGGAGGAAACUGAAGGCCAUAGUAUCCUGUGUGCGGUGGUGAGGUGCAGGUGACUUCUGUCCUGUGCUGAGAAGGCUGGCAAACAUGUCUUCAAGGCUGCUUCCUUUGCUUCCAAGAGAUGAACAACUCAGUUAUCAUCUGUCAGAUGUCCCAGCCCCUGUGACGUGAUCUCCUGGAAAGUCAUGUGUUAGAAUGAUUAGCUUCACUGGAGCUCGUGUGGCACCGAUGGCCCAUGGCCCAGGGAGUGGCGCUGCUCCUUCUCUGUCCCUAGUGCUCCGCAUGGAGGCACAUGUGCGCUACUUCCUUGGCUUUCCUGGCAAGCAAGCCUGCUUUUAAUUUUGGCUCUUUCACCUAUGUGCCAUGGCCUUGGACAUGUUCCUUUAACUUGAUGACCCUCAGUUUUCUUGUUUUUUAAGUGGUGUGUUAUUGGGAUGUCGUCAGAGUCCCGAGGAAGGUGGCCCACUUCCCUGGCAGAACGUAAACACUAAACAUAUGGAGUUCACAGUCACUGCUUGCCCUAACCAGCUACGUUAUUCGGGAAAUCUCAGGGGUGAAGAAGCACAAGGCGGCAGCAAGGCUGGAGAUGAGCUUGGCUUGGUAAACAUGGUGUAGGCUGCCUUCAAGUCUAUGCCCUUUUCCUGCUGGGUCAUUAUGCUGAGCAUAGUGAAGCUGGGAGCACAAAGUGGUAGGCAAAAUGCCCAGAUAGGUUUCCAGCCUCUGCCUGGGUCACAAACCUAACCUUCCCUGGGCUAAUGUAAAUCCAGGCCUAAAGUGACUAAGUGGAAAAGUGCCCUGGCUGAAACCAUAACUAAGGAAUGGGGUCUCGUAAUUCAAGCCCUCAGUUCUCUGGGUCUUUGCACUGUGAAUAUGUGAGAGUGGAGAAACAGAGCGUGCAUCAUUUAUUCUGGAUGGUCUCUGGGUGACAUCCUUCCUUGUGGUCCUGAGUAACACAGGAAAGAGCAACUGGAAGGUAUCAGAAUGAGGUCCCCAGGAGGACUUUACAUCCGACCAUCCCAACCCACAACACUGUGGGAUAUAGACAGUGAAUUCUCAUCCUACUGCAGAAGAAUUUAAACCUGAAAGGGCUAAUGGCUUUCCCAAGGCCACUACUCAGGAGAAUUGGUGGAAGAACAAAAUCACUCGACCUCCGGAUCUGAGCUCAUGUCUUGUCUCGUCUGCUCCAUAUCUGCUUAGCUAGCAUGGUCACGGAGUCACUUAGCUACUCAAGAACUGGAGCUUAGAGGCUUCUCUCCUUAAGUUCAGUUUCAACUUAACCUUGCUUUUUGUACACAAGCGCAUAAAUGCACGUGUGCACGUGUACACACACACGGACUCGUACAGCACACCGCUCUUCUCUACAUCCUGUAUACUAAACAACAUAAAGAUUUAUCUUGUUCACUGUUGCUUUCAUCAUUAGAAUGAAAGUAAGUUUUACUGUUUCAUUUCCUGCUGUGUUUCUAUCAUCUAGAACAAUGCAGACAUAUAGUAGGUACUCAAAAGGUAUCUGUUGAAAGAAAGAAUAA